GACGAGGGCUGGCAGGUUUUCACCUCGGCCCAAGCUCCGGACGGGAAAUGUUUGUGCACGGCCGUGAUCCCGGUGCAGGGCUCGUGCUCCCGGGACGGGCGCAGCCUCCAGCUCCGGCAGCUCCUGGGCAAGGUGCAGAACAUCUCGCAGUCCAUGGAGCUGCUGGAGCUGCGCACUUUCCGCGACCUGCAGUACGUGCGCGACACCGAGGCGCUGCUGCGCGGCCUGGAGCAGCGGCUGCGCGCCGCCGCCGAGGGCGCGCGCGGCCUCAACGCCCGCGGCUUCCAGGAUCUGAAGGAAAAGAUGCGGGAGCUGCUGCCGCUGCUGCCCGUGCUGGAGCAGUACAAGGCGGACUCGCGGCUCAUCGUGCACCUCAAGGACGAGGUGCGGAACCUUUCCGGAAUUCUCCUGGCAAUCCAGGAGGAGAUGGGAGCCUACGACUACGAGGAGCUGCAGCAGCGCGUGCUGCUGCUGGAGGCGCGGCUGCACGCCUGCCUGCAGAAACUGGGCUGCGGAAAGCUGACCGGGGUCAGCAAUCCCAUCACCAUCCGCGCCUCGGGAUCGCGCUUCGGAUCCUGGAUGACCGACACGAUGACGCCCAGCGCCGACAGCCGGGUGUGGUACAUGGACGGCUACUACAAAGGCCGCCGCCUGCUGGAAUUCCGCAGCCUCACCGACUUCGUCUCCGGCCAACAGAGCAACGUCGCCGUCCGCUACCACUUCCGAUCCCGCAGCGUCCUGGUCCAGCGCAGCCUCGCCGGCGCCGGCUACAACAACACCUUCCCCUACUCCUGGGGCGGCUUUUCCGACAUCGACUUCAUGGUGGACGAGAGCGGGCUCUGGGCCGUCUACACCACCAACCAGAACGCCGGGAACAUCGUGGUGAGCCGCUUGGACCCGCAGACGCUGGAAGUGCUGCGGAGUUGGGAUACGGGCUACCCCAAGCGGAGCGCGGGCGAGUCCUUCAUGAUCUGCGGGAUCCUCUACGUCACCAACUCCCACCUGGCGGGCGCCAAGAUUUACUUCGCCUACCGCACGAACACUUCCAGCUACGAGUACACGGAUAUCCCGUUCCACAAUCAGUACUCCCACAUCUCCAUGCUGGACUACAACCCGCGCGAGAGGGUGCUCUACACCUGGAAUAACGGCCACCAGGUCGUCUACAACGUCACGCUCUUCCACGUCGUCGACACGGCCGGGGAGCUCUGAUGGACGCUCCCCAAGGGGAGAGAGAGACGGAGAGAAUUCCCAGCUUUUUCUUUUUUUUUGGUUUUUUUUCUACGCUUCCACGCUUCCCCCUUUACGGUCCGUGGAAUUCCGGAGGGACGCAGCGACGAGGAGGAAAUUCUCGGCGUGUCCUAAACUCAAAUUCUGCUUUGUUCUCAUUAUUUCGUGCCUAAGUUUCAUUUCCUCUCUUUUUUUUUAAUCUUUUUUCCCAUUUU